AUGGCGGUAUCAGUGUGCUCACUGCCGACCAACAUGAACAGCACCGACAAGCUGAAAGUAAUACUCCUAUGCGGCCUAGUAUUAUCGGUCGUAGCCGAAGAGGCGAAGAAGACCGAAUCUAGCGCUAAGCCCAAGGAUGAAAAAUCGAAACGUGGACUGGAGCUAAGUCUAGGUGAUCAUGGUGGUUUUGGAGGCGGUUUCGGUGGCCAUGAUUUAGGCGGUGGUCUCGGAGGCGGUGGAUUCGGAGGCGGUGGAUUUGGUGGUGGCCACGAAAUAAUCUCUACUGAUCACAUCAAGGCGGUUACGGUCACAAAGCACGUGCCAGUACCGCAUCCUUAUCCGGUGGAGGUCACGAAGCACGUGCCCUAUCCGGUGAAGGUGCCGAUCAAAGUACCUGUCGAUCGCCCGUACCCGGUCCACGUACCGAAACCUUACCCAGUGGAGGUCACGAAGCACGUUCCCUACCCCGUGGAGAAGCCAGUGCCCUUCCCGGUCAAGGUACCGAUAAAGGUGCCCGUCAAGAUACCCUAUCCGGUCAAGAUACCAAUCAAGGUCCCAGUCGAAGUGUCGAAACCAGUGCCCUACCCGGUCAAGGUACCCGUAGUCGUCAAAGAGCCUUAUCCCGUAGUCGUUAAGGGUCAUCACGACGAGGGUGGUUUCGGCGGCGGUGAUAUCGGUGGAUUUGGCGGCCACGACUUUGGCGGUCACGACUUUGGCGGCGGUGAUUUUGGCGGACAUUAUUGAGAAAAUGAGCGCAUGAGAAGAAACGAAGACUUCAUCAUCUUCCCCUUUUGUUUGACGGCUCGUGGCCCAAGAGACCAGGAGAUAUUCGAAGGAUCGAUCGUCGAAGGAUCGAGGAACGACCGG